AUGGGGAAGAAAGCUAAAGUUGGAAAACAGCGAAAAGAUAAAUAUUACCAAUUAGCUAAAGAAACAGGUUAUCGUUCACGUGCUGCGUUCAAGUUAAUUCAAUUAAACAGAAAAUUUGGAUUUCUUCAGAAAUCGAGAGUAUGUAUCGAUUUAUGUGCGGCACCCGGUGGGUGGAUGCAAGUGGCCCACCAGAACAUGCCACUUUCAAGUAUUGUCAUAGGUAUUGACUUGUUUCCAAUUAAACAAAUACCUGGUUGUAUAAGUAUCACAGAGGAUAUUACAACAGAAAAAUGUAAAGCUGCAAUUAAAAAGGAAAUAAAAACUUGGAAAGCUGAUGUAGUCUUGAACGAUGGUGCUCCCAAUGUUGGCUUGAACUGGAUACAUGAUGCAUACCAACAGGCUUGCCUCACUUUAAGUGCUUUAAAAUUAGCAACAAAUUUCUUAAAGCAAGGAGGAUGGUUUGUAACAAAAGUUUUCAGAUCUAAAGACUAUCAUGCUUUACUGUGGGUUUUAAAACAGUUUUUUAAGAAAGUCCAUGCCACAAAACCGCAAGCUUCUCGUAAUGAAUCAUCUGAAAUAUUUGUUGUCUGCCAAGGAUAUAUUGCUCCUGAUAGUAUUGAUCCUAAACUUCUUGAUGCUAAGUAUGUCUUUGAGGAGUUGGAGAUGGUUAAGAAAAAUCAUAGCAGUAUUUUGCAUCCGGAGAAGCAAAAGAAAGCUAAAGCUGAGGGCUACAAAGAAAAUGAUUAUACUUUGCACCAUAAAAUAAAUGUCUCUGAUUUUAUAAGCAAAGAUGACCCAAUUGACCUACUUCAAGAGUGUUCAGAGAUUGUUAUUGACGAUGAAGAAAUAAAAAAUCAUCCCAGAACUACAAAUGAAAUCAAAGAAUGUUGUAAAGACAUUAAAGUACUGGGUAGAAAAGAUGUCAAAGCUUUAUUAAAUUGGUUAAAGCACAUGAAGGAAUUGAAAAAGAUUCAGCCAGAGCAAGAGGAAAAAGCGGAAGAAAAACAUGAAGAUGCAGAGAAAGAAGAUGAUGAAGAUAAAGACAAUGUGGAUGAGAAAAUAGCAGAAUUACAGGAUGAAGAAAAACGUCAGUUAAAACGAAAGAGAAAGCAAUUAAACAAGCAAAGACAAAAAUUAGCUGAAAAAAUGAAUUUGAAGAUGGUUUUGAAAGGUGAUGAUGGGCCUAUUAUGGAAAGCCAUGAUAUGUUUAGUUUAAAAGACAUCAAAGAUGCUAAGCAAUUAAACAUGGUGAUUGACCAACCACCAGAUUUAGUAGCAGAACAGAGCGACAAUUCAGAUGAUGAAAUGAAAGUCAAGCCAAAAUAUACUAAAUAUGAUGUAGAUUCAACUAAACUUGAUUCUUCAGGCCUGUAUUACAAAGAUUCUGAUAGUGAACUUGAAAUGGAAACGGAUUCAGAUGAUGAAGAAGAUAAGGAAUCGCUUGGCUUUUCGGAAUCAGAUGAUGAUAGUAAAAAGAUUGAUAAACUGACGAAAUUGAACACCUUACGAAACAGCCAGCUCAAAACCGUACCAGCGAGUGCUAAGAAGAAUCCACUAUUAACAGACCUAGAUGACACGGACCCAGUAUCCAGGAGAUCUAUGAAGGCUGAGCUGUGGUUCCAAAAGGACAGUUUCAAAGACAUUGACGAUGAAGAUGACGAAGGCGUUGAUUUAGAUAAAUUAGCUGCAACAUACAAGAAGAAAGGUAAAAAGGUAGCUGAGAAUGCAGUUAUUUUAUCAGACCAGAAAAACGGCGUGAAACGGAAGAAAAUUGAAUCGGAAAGUUCAGAUGAUGAAUCUGGGGAUAGUGAUUAUAAUGUGGAAGAAAAUGUGGCUCCCGAUACUCAAAAGACAGGAGCGAAAAGCACUCAAAAAGAUGGUUUUGAAGUUGUAUCACAAGACCCAGAAUUGAAAAGAUUAAAGAAAUCAAUAAAAAUGGACGCUGAGACAUUAGCUUUGGGAUCAAUGAUAGCAACGUCAAAGAAGUUCAAGCGCGAUCUUAUUGACGAUGGAUGGAAUCGAUACGCGUUCAAUGAUAAAAAUCUGCCUGAUUGGUUUGUGGAAGAUGAAAGUAAACAUAUGCGCAAGGAAGUCGCUGUUCCAGAGAAAUUUACAGAAGAAUACAAGAAUAGGCUUCAAGACAUAAAUGCACGACCAAUAAAAAAAGUGGUCGAGGCUAAAGCAAGAAAGAAGAAGCGUAUGAUCAAGAAGAUGGAACGCGCAAAGAAGAAGGUUGAAGCAGUUAUGGAGAAUGCAGAUAUGUCAGAAAGAGAAAAGGCACAACAAGUAAGACAACUGUACAAAAAAGCACAAUCUGAUGGUAAAAAGAAGGUUACAUAUGUUGUGGCUAAGAAACACACCACAGCUAAACGUAUGAAACGACCGAGCGGAGUAAAGGGUCAGUAUAAGGUAGUGGACCCGCGUAUGAAGAAAGACUUACGAGCGCAAAAGGCAAAGGAAAAAACGAAAGGCCGGGGUAAAAAAGGAAAAACGAUGAAACAAAAUAAAGCUAACAAAACAAGACCUAGCAAAAAGAAGGGAAAGAAAGCAAAAUAAAUCGUUGUGAAUUCUUAACAACAUAUUUCUAUAUGUUUAAUUUUGUAACUUAAUAAAAUGUCUAUUAACAACAAGUCCUA